AUGACAACAAUAUGUUUCUUUGCGUACAGCAACUCGUCCAUACAUUAUGAUGAAUGGAAUAUAACGGUCAUCUUUAAAAAUAAUAGAGCACCCCGUCACUCCUCAGGAAAGUCGGUCUAUGUCACUACACUUAAAAACUGUUGGCAAGUGGGCGAGAAUCGAACAAACAACAGCGUACUAAAAUGGAAGUUUGUCAAGUUUCAUAACUUGCCUGAAAACUUCACGAACUUUACGGGCGAAGUUGCGACAGACCCAAUAGAAAUAGAGUAUGUAAAGACAGACUGGAAGGUUGCUCCAGGUGAGAUUUUUAAUGCAACCGUUAAAUUGCGCGACGAAGUUAAAAAUCUCGUCCCAGGGAUUGUUGAUAUAGUAAUCAAUUCUUUUUCAGUACACCUCAAUACCCCGUCAGCAUUAUUUCUUACGACUGGAAAAAUUACCAAUAUCAGUCUAUGCGGAAUAGAACGAAGCAAAUUUUCUGUGCAGCUAAAUUGUAAAGGAAGUCAACUUUUAAGUACAGUGAUAGGCGAUCUCGAGUUAAACAAUUGCUAUGCCGGAUUUCGUUUUUCAAACGAAACAUUAACAUGUAAAUGUAUGGAUUCCGUCAAAGACGAGCAAGCUAGAGGGGUGUCGCACUGUGCUCCUGAUGGGAAGAGCCUUUAUGUGAAACAAGGAUACUGGGCAGGAAAGGUGCAAGGCAAGUUUUCCACGCAUGUCUGCCCUGAUGGAUAUUGCAAAUCAUGGGAUUCAAGCGCUAACGAAUAUCUGUAUUUUGAGGAUCAAAUGUGCAAGCAGGGUAGAAAACAGAGUAGCGUACUCUGCGGACAAUGUGAAGCAAAUCAUAGCGUUACCAUUGGCAGUGAACAGUGCAAGAAUGAAUGUACGAAUUUGUAUUUGUUACUGUUGAUACCGUUGGCUCUGGUUCUUCUCCUGAUUGUCAUGGGGAUCAUGCUUAUAGAUCUUGACGUCUUUACUGGGUACUUAAACGCCUGGGUGUACUCCUACCAAGUCAUGAGAUACUUAGCACCAGAUGGAUUUCUAUUUAACAGUUUUAGCGAAUUUGUCAUAGCUUUAACCAAUUGCCAAAUUAAAGUUGGGAACAGCAGCUUCUGUUUGGUCAAAGGUCUUGAUGAUGCCGACAAACUCAUGGCGAUGUACCUCAUCCCGGUAUACGUAAUAGCAGUUGUCGUCUUGCUAGCAAAGAUGGUGAGUGCUUUUCCGAACUGGUGCUUUAGCAGACGGGUCAGAGCACCAUUUCGCGGCAUAUGCACCAUCCUUGUACUCUGUUAUACACACACCACCUAUAUUUCUCUCAGGAUUCUGCGUUUUGCCAAAGUUGGAUCAAAGAUCGUGCUUUACGUCAAUGGUGAGAUAGAGUACUUCAGUGGAAAGCAUUUCUAUUACGGAAUUGUCGCCAGUCUCUUAGUGGUGUUCGUGUCAGUACUCUUUCCGUUAUUCCUUUUAUUUCGCCCGCUCCUGACAAGAGGUCUUCGUCCAGUCCUGAACCUCAAUCGCUGGAAUCCGUUCUUUGACGCACUUCAGAGCUGUUUUAAAGAUCAGUAUCGUUGGUGUGCGGCCUUCUACUUUAUCUGCCGGCUGGGUCUCCUGGUCAUCUAUGAAUUUAUAGCGGCAGGUCCAGUGAAAAGACUUUUGCUGGAGGUGGCCUGCAUCUCGAUCCUGCUGACCUUUGCAAUCUUGAGGCCCUACAAGGAAGCUCUAAAUGUCGAAGAGGACGAGGAGAGUUAUGACUGGAUGAACAAAUCUGACGUGGCACUCCUGACCACUCUUUCCUUCAUCGCUGUGACCAGUUCCCUAUGCGAAAACAGCCUUGCAAUCACCCCUGGUGAAAAAUACGGGCUCAUAAUAUUCCUCAACAUCUUGUCCUGCAUUCCCAUUGCAGUGCUGAUGGUAGUAUUAGCCUUACGCGUUGGAAGGAGAUACCUGCCGGCUUGUAGCACUAGAAAAGUUGAACCAUUUACAGACUCCAAGAAAGUUCGUUAAAUCUCUGUAAAAUGUCUACAUUUCCUUUGUAAAUUACAAUCUCAGUAAAUUUGCACACUUACAGAGAUUUUGUAAUUUCCAUAAAAAGUCUUUAAAUUUCGCUUUCAGAUCGCAUAAAAUGUACAUGAAAUGUUGUUGUUUUUCUUGUAAAUGUUUCGUAAAAUUUACAGAGAUUUUACAGCAUAUAAACAAAUCUCUGUAAAACAUCCACAUUUUCUCUGUAAAAAGGGAACUAGGAGAAAAAAAUCUCUGUAAAAUCGAAAACAUCAAAUCUCCACAUUAUAUCUGUAAAAUUUGAAUAAAAAUAAUGUCAUAAAAUGGUAGUAAAAUCUCCACAAAUGUAAGCUACACAAAAUGUCACAGAAAAGUAGUACACAUAAUGUCUGUAAAAUGUAACCAUUUUAUUGGAAUAAAUCUUUGCAAAAUGUCGACAUUUUAUCCGUAAAAUCAGCCUGUACAAAACGAUUAGGUGUGAAAGCCAUAAGACAUAAUCUCAAUAAGAUCUCUGUAAAAUGCAAACUGAACAUUGCAUAAAAUCUUAGUUUAAUGCAUACACAAAUAAACUACACAACAGGUCGCACGAAAGUACACAUAAUGUCUGUAAAAUCACAAGGUAAAAUAGGAAGGUAUUGGAAACCAUAACAUUAUCUUAUUACACUUAUUACAACAAGAGCUUUGUGAACAGCAAACUAAGGAUUGUGGCAGGUACACACAAAAUAGAACAAUCCUUGUACCUUUCAAUAACAGGUAAAUUCUGAAGUUCAAAGUUAUGUAACUAACAAAUGAGAUUUACACAGCCACAUAUCAAAAUCAUGACAACAAUGAAAGGAGCUUGGGAAAGAAGAUACAAACUCAAACGAACUGGAUCAGACUGGUUCCUGAGAUAUUCCCAAGAUAAUUGACAGCAGUGUAAUUUGGCGAUAUCUUUCCAUCAAUGAAGGUAUAUUAGAGCGGUUUUCAACUGAGUGUUGUAAAACCAAAACAGAAAUAAUUACUUACC